AAUGAAGGGCGGCGAACUGCAGGACUACAUUGCCGACUAUGAGCGGCUGACUGAGGCGGAAGCGAGACUUUUUAUGCGUCAGAUACUUUCCGCCCUGGUUCAUCUUCAUGAGAAGUCGAUUGUGCAUUUGGAUCUCAAGCCGGAGAAUAUUCUGCUGACAGAAGAGGGCUCGCGGCAGAUUAAGCUGAUUGAUUUCGGAAUCUCGAGGCUGUUGAAGGAGAAGGCCGACAUUAAGGGAGUUUAUGGGACGCCGGAGUUUAUUGCACCGGAAAUACUCAACUACGAGCCGAUUGGCUUUGGCACCGAUCUCUGGUCCGUGGGCUGCAUCGCCUACACGAUGCUCUACGGGAGUUCGCCUUUCCUAGGCGUUGAUAAGCACGACACCUUUGCGAAUAUCACCGCGGCGGCUUUUGAUUUCGGUGAUGAUAAUAACGAUGAAGGAAUUAAGGUUUCUGCGGAAGCUCGGGACUUUAUCCUCGCCUGUCUGCGGAAGGACAUUCGAAAGAGGAUGACGGCGGCGCAGGCGAUGGCCCAUCCGUGGGUGGUGAAGGAGGAGAUGGUUGAUAAGCCGCUUAUCAUCUCCUCCUCCUCGAAAAUAGCCUCUUAUCAUGAUGAAGAAGAGGAGGACUGUGAUGAAGAUAUUACCUUUGUUCAGAAAGUUGGUGAUUCUGAUAACUACCAUCAUCACCAUCGUCACCAUCAUCAACGACCUAGCUCGCUGGGAAAUAGCUCUUCAGGAACGCCCACAAAUGGUUCGACGACUCCAACCAGUACCACAAGUGUNCAACGACCUAGCUCGCUGGGAAAUAGCUCUUCAGGAACGCCCACAAAUGGUUCGACGACUCCAACCAGUACCACAAGUGUUGGAAGUUCUGAAGAAAGCUGUGAUAACAAUGUCUUGA